UUUGUUUUUAUUUUAAAUUUUGGUUUUUGGAUUUUGGAUUUUUUCUCCAUCUUUACAAAUUUAUCACAAUUAUGAAUUCCUAUUUAAUAUCAAAGAACAAGAUUACUGUGGCAAAGCCAUGUAAAUUUUCAUUAGUUCGUGAUCAUCCAUUGUCUGUGAUGUUGUUAGAUUCAGAAACAGAUUCAUCAUUGAUCAAUAGCCAAAAUGGUGAUAAAAAAUCAUUGGGAAAAACAAAUUCCAUUGAAACAAAAUUGGUGACAACCACCUGGAAUGGUUUGGAUCCAUUAUCGGCAGCCAUUUCUUCCUCUGCUGAAGAUGAAAACUCAAUCGUUAAUGAAGAUGAAAGUGUUUUAAAAUUUGGCAAAGAAAAAAAUGUCUAUAUUGGAAGUGAUUUUAAUCAUUGGCAAUCGUUUCGAACGAAAAUUCUCAAUAAAUUCAAUACAGCUGAUAAAUUAACAAUCAGGUCUUCAUUUCAAUUUGAUAAGGGAACGCUGUCAACGCCAAAUGUUUCACAAAAAGUUCGUACUCGUUUAGAACAAUUAGAUGAAAUGGAAGAAGGUUCUAUUAAUGAAAUGCAUGAUCUUAGCCAACAAGAAUAUAUCAAACGUAUUGAAGAAAUGAAUGUUGCCAUUAAGAAUGCCUGGGAAAGUGACCAACGUGUAAAAGCAUUGAAGAUUGUCAUCCAAUGUACGAAACAAUUAUCAUCGAUAAAUGUCAUGCAUUUUUAUCCAAGUAAAUUUGUUCUAAUCACUGACAUAUUGGAUAAUUUCGGUGAACUUGUAUAUGAUAGAAUUGAAAAGAAAAUUCAUAACCAAAUCGAAGAUGCUAAAGAAACCUGUCUGAAUUGGUUUUACAAGAUUUCUAGCAUUCGAGAAUUGUUACCUCGUUUCUAUAUUGAAUGUUCAGUGUUACAAAUCUAUAGUUUUUUGAUUACACGAGAAAAUCAACGCGAAGAAUAUGAACGAAUUCUAUUACGUUUGACUCGAAUGACACGUGGUAUUGGUGAUCCAUUGGUGUCAAUUUAUUGUCGAGUAUAUCUAUGUCGUAUUGUCAUUAAAUUAUUUCCAGAAUCAAAGAAAAUUUUCCUACAAAACAUCUACGACAUUAUUGAUAAUGUUGAUCAGUUGACAUGUCAUUAUGUACGUGAUAGUUUGAUGGCCCAAAAUAUUGAAUAUCCACUUUAUUAUAGCUUAUUUCAUCCGGCCAUGGAUUGGAUUUUCAAUUGUCUAUUCUAUAAAGGUUCUAAUUAUGAUAAUAUUCUAAAAUAUUUUCGUAACAAAAUCGAAUUCUUCAAGAAUACUAGUUGUUCAGCAUUUGUCCUCAGUUCGAUGAUUAUGAGCUUUCCACCAAGUUUCAUCGCUCAAAACCUUGCCAAUCUGGUCACUUUGAUUAAAAACAUCUACCACAAUAAUCAAAUCGAAGAUCAGCGAUCAAAAGGCUGUGAUUAUCCAAAAUAUUUGCUUGUCAAAAACAUUGGUGAAUCAUUGGUUCAUGAAGAUGAUUUUAUUGAAAAAUAUUCUGUCGAUAAAAAUUUACUAUUCGUUGAUCUUUGGACGUUGUGCCGCAAUGUUGAACAACCUAGAAAGGAAUUCUUGAGUUGUUUAGAAACUUGGUCAGAAAUUAUUGCCAAAUAUAGUUCCGUAGAACACAUUAAUAAAUUAUUAGGCGAAAUCAUACAGAAUAUAACGGCCAAUAAUCGUGAACCAUAUGAUAACGUACAACAAUUGUUACAUAUAUUACAGAAAAUCAUCAUGAAUGGCAGCAAACGAAUUGGUUAUGAGCAAUUUUUCUCGAUGAAUAAUCUGUUACCAUUUUUGGAUUUAUUCAAAAAAGAAGCAAUUAAAAUUGAUGCCUAUAAAUUGAUUGUUUCAUCUUAUAACAAAAAUUGUUCAGUCAUCGAUGAUUCUCGUAUGAAUGAUGCACCAGAUCCGGUUAUUCUGAAUGCAAUGACAUAUCUUUGUAAAUUAAUUCACGAUUCAAUCGAUUCAUUGACAUUGGAAGAUGAAAAACGUCAAAUUUCAACAUUAAUCAUUGGAUUUAUUCGCCGCGUUUCAUAUAAACAACAACAGGAUCUUGAAGCUCGUUUAAAUUUUUAUAUUGAAUCUCGAGCUAAUUUUUCGAAUCUUGACCCGGUUCUUAGUUUUAUCGUUCAUCAGGUCAAUACUUUAGCUAUGGAUGCGUAUCGUUUUGUAAACGGAAGACAUACGAAGAAAACAAUUUCAUUUGUAAAUGCCUGUAUGGCUUUUUCUUAUAUAACCAUUCCAUCAAUGUAUGAUAUCUUUCUUCGUUUACAGCUUUAUCUUUCCAGUUCACAUGUAGCAUUAGUGAAUGGAUGUCUACCACAAACUGAUGCAUUCAUUAAAUUUACCAUUACAUUGAUUCGACAACUUCCACCUUAUUCGGAAAGUUUUGAUGGCAAACUAUAUUCAAAUGAUGAAUUUUUACAUUCAUAUUCAUCACAACUUUUAUCAACAUUGAUUGUUGUUCCAGAUAAUCCUGAACUUGGUAUAUUAUAUCUUUUUAAAGGUUUAUAUAAUGUACUCAAAGAAUUUCGAUUCGAAUCAAAUUCCAAUUAUAAACUAUUAAUAUGGAUGAAUAUGGCUAAAUAUUUAGCCACCUGUAUACAGGACAAUUAUCCAUAUCAUGUUGAUCGACUAGAUUCGAAUGAUAGUCUCUAUGCACAGGAUGAAGAAUUUAUUAAAGAAGUGGAAACAUAUUUUGAUAUCAUCUUUCAAGAAUCAUUGGAUAUGUUUAAAAAAUUUCAACAUGAUUUUAAUGUCAAACAGCAAUGUAAUAUUGCAUUGGAUUUUAUCAAUUUGAUCAUUAAUUUUGGUAACAUUCAAAAAAUGAGUCAUGUCAUCAAUCAGCUUUGGAAGUGGACAUGUAAAACAUUGGCCAAACAUAAUUUCCAUUGUUUCGAUCACAAAAUGGUAAUUAUUACAGAUUGUGGAAAGAAUUUUUGGAUUUUUUUUGUUUGUUUUCAUUUAUUGUUGUUUUUUUUCGUAGAAAUCAAUCUACAAUUAUCUUGGAAAGACAGUCGAUAUUCAAUUGAAAAUGAAUUAAACUUCUUUCGGUUUUAUUUCUGUUCUCUCAUCAAUUUUUAUUCCGUUUCAUUACUAUCAACAUAUUUCCAUAAUCCAUAGGUUUUUCCAAUGGUAUUUUGCCAUAAUCGAAGUGUACCAUCUUCACUACCACUAGCAUAUAAUUCACCAUCCGGUGAAUAUCGUAAACAAUGUACGGCACCAAAGUGUCCAGAAAAUGAAUCUGUGAUUUAUAAUUUAUAUAUAAAAUAAAUGAUUUUGAAUAAUAAACAAAAAAAAAAGAUAAAAUCAA